UCUUCUUCUUUUUCUUUUAUUUACUUUCUUUUUUCUGAAUUAAGUACCUCCCUUUCUCAAUGAUGCAAUUUACUGAGGCACCACCCCCAGCCUUGCACCAAAUUAUAACCGCACCAUUUUCCAAUCUCCCCAUGAUGAACAAGAACCAAACCCACCGCACCCGCCCCUGGCCCGGCUUCCCCACCUCCGCAAAAGCCCUCGGCACCAACUUCGGCGACGCCAAUUGCAUGGAGCAGCUGCUUGUCCACUGCGCCCACGCCAUCGAAACCAACGACGCCACGCUCGCCCAGCAGAUCCUCUGGGUCCUCAACAACAUCGCCCCGCAAGACGGCGACAGCAACCAGCGCCUCACCUGCGCCUUUCUCCGCGCCCUCAUCGCCCGCGCAGCCCGUAUCGGCAGCUGCAAGCUCCUCGCCGCCAUGGCCAACUCCCAGGCCAACUUCACCAUCCACACUCACAAGUUCUCCGUCAUCGAGCUCGCCUCCUUCAUCGACCUUACCCCCUGGCACAGGUUUGGAUUCACAGCCGCUAAUGCCGCCAUUCUUGAAGCUGUUGAAGGGUAUUCUGUCAUUCACAUUGUUGACCUCAGCUUGACCCAUUGCAUGCAAAUCCCAACUCUCGUUGACGCCAUUGCCGGUCGUCAAGAGGGUAAUGUGAGCCCUCCGCUGUUGAAGCUCACCGUGGCGGGUUCCACGGAGGACGUCCCCCCAAUGCUGGACCUCUCCUACGAGGAACUGGGUUCCAAGCUGGUAAAUUUCGCGAGGUCCAGAAAUAUAAUUUUAGAGUUUAGGGUCAUCCCGUCCAGUUAUACGGACGGGUUUGCCAACCUAAUCCAACAGCUCCGCGUACAAAAUUUAGUGUACGCUGAGAGCGGUGAGGCGCUUGUGGUAAAUUGCCACAUGAUGCUUCACUACAUUCCUGAAGAAACAUUGACCCUUCCGUCAAUCAACUCAAAUCCAAAUUUAAGUAGUUGUGGUUCGAGCAGCUCUUAUGGUUACGAUGUAGCCUCAUCCUCUUCUACGAGUGCUAGUUCGUCCCUCAGGACAAUGUUUCUGAAAGCCCUUCGAGGUUUGGAUCCAACUGUUGUGGUUUUGGUGGACGAAGAUGCAGAUUUGACAUCAAAUAAUCUAGUUUGUAGAUUGAGGUCGGCCUUCAACUACCUGUGGAUCCCUUAUGACACCGUGGACACGUUUCUGCCGCGAGGGAGCAAGCAGAGGCAGUGGUACGAGGCGGAUAUGUGUUGGAAGAUCGAGAACGUGAUAGCGUACGAGGGGUUCCAGAGGGUGGAGAGGGUUGAGCCGAAAUGCAGGUGGGUGCAGCGGAUGAGAAACGCCAACUUCCGAAGCGUUUCGUUUGGGGAAGAUGCAGUUUUGGAAGUGAAGGCCAUGCUUGAUGAGCAUGCAGCUGGCUGGGGGUUGAAGAGAGAGGAAGAAGAUGUUGUGCUUACAUGGAAAGGUCACAAUGUUGUGUUUGCCACUGCUUGGAUGCCUGCUUGAAAUUGACAAAUGAUCUGACAACUUAAUUUAUAUAGAAUUAAUCUUCUUUUUUUUACUUCUUCU